AUGGACCAGGCGACCUAUGAUACCUUGGACUUAGCAGGAAUGGGGUACCAGCAGGCAUUGUCCCGCAAGUUCACCACCUGGAGUAUGCUAGCGCUAGCUUUCAGCAUCUUGGGAACGUGGUCAACGUUUGCGCAAGACUUGGCAGGCGGCUUGAUGAACGGUGGGCCCGUCAGUAUUCUCUGGGGCCUAUGUCUUGUCACAUUCUGCAACCUCUGCGUGGUGGCAUCCCUAGGUGAACUUUGUAGUGGUAUGCCUACGGCACUGGGGCAGGCCUACUGGAUCUUCCGCCUGUGGCGGUCCCCUUGGGCCCGAUUCGUCUCCUACCUAUGUGCGUGGAUAAACGUGUUUGGCUGGUGGACGCUCACCGCGUCGCAAAUCGCCUUUAUGACCAAUUUUAUGAUUGCAAACAAGGCAAUAUAUGACGCUAUGUGGCCUGGCCCGAAUCGGUGGCUGUUAUUUGUUGUCUAUUUGGGCGUCACCUUACUGCUCACCUUGCUUAACGCCGGUGCUUGCCGCAAGGACAGUCACCUGCCAUGGUUCAAUAACAUCCUUGGCAUCCAAUUUGGAGCUUUGCUUAUCAUCUUCUCGUUGGCCAUGCUGAUUUCAGUCGCCGUCCGCUCGGAUCUGCACUAUCAGCCAGCCGGGUUUGUCUUCGGUCAGUGGAUCAAUCGGACUGGCUGGCCUGAUGGAGUCGUGUGGUUUAUGGGGCUCCUCCAGGGUGCCUAUGGCCUAACAGCAUUCGAUUCCGUGAUCCAUAUGUCGGAGGAGAUCCCUGCACCAAGGGUUAAUAUCCCUCGUGUUCUGCUCUUAGCCGUCAUUAUUGGAGCCGUCACAGGUGCUCUUUUCAUGGUUUUCUGCUUAUUCUGUUUACAGGAUCUUGAUCAGAUCCUGGAUUCGCCUACAGAUUUUCCUUUUACGGAGCUGGUUUCCAGUACUGUGGGGUUAAAGGGCACUCUUGUGCUUAUUGUACUUUUUGAGAUUAACGGUUUAGGUCAGGGUCUCAGUAUUAUGACCGCUACAUCGCGUUUGACCUGGGGCUUUGCUCGAGAUGGCGGGCUACCCUGGAGCAUCUACCUUUCACAUAUAGACACGUAUUGGAACGUUCCAAUGCGAGUCCUGUGGGCCGAGGGAUUUCUUAUCGCAGUCGUGGGGGUGCUUUACCUCUUCAGCAAUACGGUGCUGCAAGCCGUGUUGAGCGUAAGCACGAUUUCCCUCACCAUCUCCUAUGGAAUGCCUAUUAUAAUUUUAGUCUAUGUUGGGCGCGAUCAACUACCACCACGGAGAUUCCAUCUGGGCCGAUGGGGUCUUCUGAUUAAUUGGAUUAGUAUUGGCUAUUGUGUCGUCACCACGGUCUUCUUUUUCUUUCCAGGCUCGCCUCGGCCGUCUUCUACUGAUAUGAAUUAUGCAAUUGCUGUGUUCGGCGUUAUGUUGGCGGUUGCUGUGAUGUGCUGGUUUGUAAAAGGAAGGAGUUUCUAUUUAGUAACAGAUAGGUCUAUGCUGGAGGCUAUUCGAGCGCAAGGCUUGCAUCCAGCAGCUGAGCAGCUCCGCGCCGAGCAGAUCAGAUUUUACCUGGAGUCUGACCGUUCGAGAUUAGCGGCACCCCGUUUAAUGUCACUUUGGACCUUGAACACCAUCGAGAGCCUGGUAUGA